AUGGGGUUCGGCCGGCAGCCGGUAGCUGCUGACGCGUACCCGGCAUCGCCGCUCGGCAGAAGCGUGACGAGAGGAUUCGCCGUGGAGCUCUAUUUCGAUACGGCCCUGGAGAACCAGAUACUCAGGUUUGCCUUGUCCCACGCGCCUUUUCUUUUCUCUCCUGUUUCGCUUUGCACACCACGCAAUUUGGUUUCAUUUGAUCCGAUCGGGAGCCCUAAACUCUCCGCACCGUCCGUUUCUUUCUCCCAUUCUCCUUGUCUCUUGUUUCUCUUCCUUCGCUCCUCCCCUGUCCACUCCAGCCUCUCUCUUCACACCCCGUCUGACCUGGAACCUUCCAAGCUUCGCACAGCCAUAGAGAAUUUCGCGCAGCAGCAGCACCCGAUUCCAGUCGCUCUGGCUGCGGUCGGGAGCUUCCCAGCAGCUUCCGUGUCGCGACCCGCGUUCUCUCCCACGGCGGUCAACAGCACCAGCCAUGCUUCGACAGGGAAUAACUCUGUAACGAGUACAGAUGGUGGGAAUAUCAGCAGCACCAGCAGUCCAGGUGCACGUGCAUCCAGUGGUGCUGCUGGUACUGGUGUUGGUGUUGGUGUUGGAGCUGCUGCUGCUGCUGCUGCUGCUGCUGCUGCUGCUGCUGCUGCUGCAGCUGGUGGGGCUACGGGUGUUUCGAGCCCAAACUCUCACCCUGGGGGAAACAAUGCAGCUGCUUCCGCCACAACCACGAGCAGCAGUAGCAGCAUCAGCAGCAGCAGCAGCAGCCAAUCAGUCGAUCCCACUCGCACAAGCAACAGGGGCACUGUUGCUGCUGCUGCAACUGCUGCUGAGGGCUCCAAAGCAGCACCGGUAGCCACCGGUGCGCUGUUUCUGGCACCAGUUCCUUCUAUUGCUCUGCUCACACUACACGAGCAACUGCAGGAGCUCCUGAAAAGACUAGCCAUUCCUUGCGACCCCAACUACCUGCCCGGAUCCUGGCUGCCCGUCUGCCCGAUCGCCCAAGAGCUGCCCGAAGAAAAACUUCCCAGCAGUUUCCACACCGUUCGAUCCCAGAAGUUGCCUCUUUCCGGGCACCUAUGUGAAAUAGGCCUUGUGGAGUUUGUCCCAUCUGGUGCUGGCGCUGACUCACGCCAGCUCAGCGCCAUCAAGGCGGAUGGUGGCAUGGCUGGGGUUGCUGUGAUUGGUAGUGGUGAUGGGGAGAAGGGAUGGGGGAGGGAGAAGGAAGGCGGGGUAGUACAGGGGCGUGUUAUAGAGCAUUACUCCUUCACACUUGGAGGGGACUUCAUGUGA